AUGUCCGCAAGCGCAUCCGGGUCCUCGGCGCAGCCAAACGGAUCAGCAACGAAUCGCUCGCAUAGUCAGGGCAACCAGGACAAAAGCUUUACCCCUCAGCAGAAAGCCGAAGUGCUGCGGAUACGAAAAUGUAGUCCAACGUCCUUCUACGAAAUCUUAACCGUCACCAAGACGAGUAGCGAUGGAGAGAUCAAGAAGGCCUAUCGCAAGAUCAGUCUGUUGACGCAUCCGGAUAAGAAUGGUUAUACUGGCGCGGAUGAGGCUUUCAAGAUGGUAUCGCGAGCAUUCCAAGUGCUCUCCGAUCCAGAAAAGAAGUCCAAAUAUGAUCAGUUCGGCGGAGAUCCGGACAGUAGAUUCGGUGGUGCAAGCAGCAGUAGUGCUGCCGGCGCAUCACCUUUCAGCGGCUUCGCCCGGUCACCGGGACGAGGUCCCAUGUUUGACGAUGAGAUCUCUCCUGAAGAGUUGUUCAACCGAUUCUUCGGUGGGGGAGGGUUUGGCGGUGGCCCAUUUGAGGGCGGUUUUGGUGGACCACAGUUCGUCUUCAACAUGGGUGGCGGCCCUGGUUUCACAGUGCACCGCAUGGGCGGCGGAGUACCACGGCGACGACCACGCACUGGGCAGGAGCCACAGCAAGGCGGCCUGGGUGCUUUGACCCAGCUGCUACCUCUGCUGCUCCUGUUCAUACUCCCUAUACUGUCAUCUCUUUUCAGCGGCUCGGGAUCCUCUGGGCCUGGCUUCCGCUUCGAUGCGCCGCAACCACCCAUGACUAUGCACCGAGUUACACCACGAUUCAAGAUCGACUAUUUCGUCAAUCCGGCCGAGGUGGAUGGAUGGAAAUCAAGCAAGCUCCACGAUCUGGACAAAAAGGCAGAGCUAGAAUAUGUGUCAAUCAUGAAGUAUCAGUGCUCAGAUGAGGCAGUGCGGAAGCGGAAUGAGAUACAGGACGCGCAGGGCUUCUUCUUUACUGACGAGGCGCGGUUGAAGCGUGCAAGGGAAAGGAAGAUGCCAGCAUGUGAGAGACUGGAUGAGCUGCGUAUUGCGCGAGGGUAUUGA